CGCGCAGCACGGCCCCGUCGCCAUUGGCAAAGCAUCCGCUCGGAGGCAGCUCCUGAGGCUCCGCCGGCCACAUCUCCAGCUCUUUCUGCCCCAUUCGCGUCUCAUUGCUGAGAGGGGAACAGAAAGGAGGGAAUGGCCCCUGAGCUGCUGACAGUCAAAUGCGAGAGGCCCGUGACGUUCCAGGAUGUCUCUGUGGACUUCACUUGGGAGGAGUGGGGCCAGCUGGACCUGCCACAGAGGGACCUGUACCGGGACGUGAUGCUGGAGAACUAUGAGAACCUUGUGUUUCUGGGCCUGACGGUUUCCAAACCCUAUGUGAUCUCUCAGUUGGAGCGAGGAGAAGCUCCAGGGCUUCUGAGGGAGCCCGAGGGAGAAGUGCUCAUCGGCCCCGGUCCAGAUUAUCUUAGUCAGGAAAUUAGAUCUCAAAUCAAGGACUCCACUCCACAGGAGGGCCUUUGUUUAGGAGCAUCAUCUGAUCACAGUCUCACAAGGGAUGAUCCCUGGGAUUCCAAGAUGAACGAAGUUUGGGGAUAUUUUAAUGGUGUAGAGGAACAAAAGGGUACUCUCGAGAAACAAUCUAGAAUCAGUCUCCAAGAAAUGUUUAAUAGUGUAGGCAUUCAAGGAUGCAGUAUGUUUGCAAGAAGUUGCAGUCCAAACUCAUUGUUUGUGUCCCAACAAAGAGUUUCUACAGGAGAAAGUUUCUAUGAGGAUGAUACACUUGGAAAGAGCUUUAAGCAGUUUUCAGAACUAAUUGAACAGCAUAGAGUUUCCUUUUGGAAAAAGCUUUGUAACUAUAGUAAAUGUAGAGAGGCCUUUAGUUAUCACUCAGAUCUUAUUCACUUUCACAUGAUAUGUACUGAAGAUAAAUCAUAUGAAUGUACUGGGUGUGGGAAAGCUUUCAAUAAAACUUCACACCUUACUCCUCAUCAAGGACUUCAUACUGGAGAAAAAUCCUUUGAAUGUGAUGAAUGUGAAAAAUCUUUUAGUUGGAGGACAUCUCUUAUAUAUCAUCAGAGAUUUCAUACUGGAGAGAUUCCCUUUGAGUGCAGUAAAUGUGGAAAGGUUUUCAGCCAUAAGACAUUACUUGUUUAUCAUCAAAGAAUUCAUACUGGAGAGAAACCCUUUGAAUGCAGUGAUUGUGGAAAAGUUUUUAGCAAGAAAUCAUAUCUUAUUCAACAUCAGCGAAUUCAUAGUGGAGAGAAACCUUUUGUGUGUAAUGAAUGUGGGAAAGCUUUUAUCCAGAGGGGACACCUUACUAAGCAUCAGAGAAUUCAUGCUGGAGAGAAGCCUUUUGCAUGCAAUGAAUGUAGGAAAGCCUUUAGCCAAAGGGAACACCUUAUUGUACAUCAGAGAAUGCACACCAGAGAAAAACCCUUUGAAUGCAAUGAAUGUGGGAAAGCCUUUAGCCUGAGGGGAAACCUUACUCAACAUCAGAACAUUCACACUAGAGAGAAGCCACCUUGUAAGUGUGAUGAAUGUGGAAAAGACUUCAGCCACAGGGGUUCCCUCGUUCAUCAUCAGAGAAUCCAUACUGGAGAGAAGCCCUUUCAGUGUCAUAUUUGUGGAAAAGCUUUUAGUAUGAGAUGCUAUCUUAAUAGACAUCAAAGAAAUCAUACAGGAGAAAAGCCCUUCGAAUGCAAUGAAUGUGGGAAAACUUUCAGCCGUAGAGGAAAUCUUAAUGAACACCAUAGAAUCCAUACUGGAGAAAAACCCUUUGACUGUAAUAAAUGUGGGAAAGCCUUUAGCCAUAGAACAUCCCUUAGAAAUCACCAGCGAAUUCAUACUGGAGAGAAACCAUUUGAAUGUAAUGAAUGUGGAAAAGUCUUCAGCCAGAGAGGGAACCUUACUGAACAUCAGAGAAUUCAUACUGGAGAGAAACCCUUUGAAUGUAACGAAUGUGGAAAAGCCUUCAGCCAGAGGGGAAAACUUAAUGAACACCAGAGAAUCCAUACUGGAGAGAAACCAUUUGUAUGUGAUGAAUGUGGGAAAUCCUUUAGCCAGAGGGGAAACCUUAAUGAACAUAAGAAGGUUCAUACUGGAGUGGAACCCUUUUAAUUCAAUGAAUAUAAGAAAGUCUAUAAUAACAACUCAUGCCUUAACAUCAGAUAAUUCAAACUGAAGAAAAAUUCUGUUAAGUGUAAUGAAUACGAAAAAAUCAUUAACAGCUUUAAUAUCAGAAAAAUCCUUUAAUGACUGUGGAAUAAUUCAGCUGUGCCAUAUCCCUUAUUUAUUGCCAUAUAAUUGAUUCACACUGUAGAGAAAAAUUUGAGUGUAAUGAAAGUGGGAGGGGAAAACCUAAUAAAGAUAAUUUAUGAUAGAAGUCACUUGAAUAUAAUGAAUGUGGGAUAUCUUUCUUCCAAAGCACAUCCUUUAUCAUGAGAACAAACUUAAUGGAAAUAGACAUUUUAAAUGUAAUGAACUUGGGAAAACCUUCAACAAGAGAAGAAAAAUUUAUUGACCAAAAGACUGUUCAAAAUGAAGAAAGAAAUCUCUUGUACAAAUAAUAAAUGUGAAAAAACCUUUAGCCACAGGGAACCCUUAUUAAAUUGCACAUAAUUCAUACCAGAGAGUAUCCUGUGUGAUGUGGGAAAUUGAACUGUGGAUCAGUUUUUGUUUGUCAUCACAAAAAUAUAAAAAGGACUUUGCAAGAAAUGUAAGAAAAGUCUUUAAAAGCCUUAAGAAAUAACAAGAAUUAAAAUGGAAGAAAAAAAUUAAUGUAAUUAUUGAGCAUACAUUAAGGUUGUAAUUCCUUCCUGUUAAGACAUCCAAGAUUUUGAAUGAUGGGAAUGUGAUAAUAUGAGGAGAAUUGUAUAAUUGUUUAAUAGUGAAGAGAAGGCAGUGUUUUUUCACAAACUAGUACAUUUGGUGCUUUGAUAAAAAUUAAGUGCUUCUAUUAAUCUUUUUGUGUAGAUUAGCUGCCAUCAAGUUGCAUUAGAAUUGCCCAGGUCACUUCAAAAUAUGUGCUGGGUUAGGAUCUGAAAUAGUAAAUUAAGAUUGGAAUUGUUUUUUUUAAACUUGAAUAAAACCACUGAAAUAGUGUGAAACAUAGUAUUGUAAA